AUGUUUUCAAAAAACAAAGAAGAACAAAAAAAAUACCAAAAUAUUAUAACACAAAAAUUAAGAGAACUAUUAGGAGAAUAUGAAGUUGAUAUACUGACUGAAUAUGUUUGGCACAUGGCCGGAAAUGCCAAAAGCAGUAGUGAAUUUAUGUGCAAUGAACUAAAGGACUUUUUAGGAGAUCAUACCACUGUUUUUGUUAACUGGUUAAUGAAAUUAAUGAACGACAUAAAAAAGCAAAAAAAAACUGAGAUUAGCACAAAAAAUGAAAAAACGCAUAAAUCAGGUUAUACUAAAGAUAAGCAGUAUGAUGAAUUAUCAAAAUCUAACAAAAGUAGAGACUCAAGGACAAGGCAAUCUAUUAUGCAUAACAAGAAAACAAAAGGAUAUUUAAAGGAAAAUGAUACUAAUAAAAAGGAUUUUUCUAGUGUUAGAAAAAGGUCUAGAAGUUUCCUAAGUAGAAGUAGUAAAUAUUCCAAUGAAGAUGCCUAUUUCUCAAGGAGGAGUAAAAAAAGACAGAAAAGAGGAAUAAGUUCUAAAUCAAGUUCAUCUAGUUCUCAUAUGAGAAAAUUUCAUUAUGAUAAAAAUAAAAUGAAAACGAAAAAAACAGAUAAAAGCAAAGAUGGAGAUAAAAUGAAAUUAAAAGAUAAAUAUAAAAAGAGUGAUAGAAGUACAAGUCGUUCUUUUUCACCUAGUCGCGUUAUUUAUGUGGAAAAAGAGGAAGAUAAAAAAGAAAAGAAAAAUGAAAUGUUUUUAGAUAAUUUAUUAAAUAGAAGUGAAAUAGAGUUAAAAAAAAAAAAUGAUAGUACUGAUGAAUAUAAUACCAACGAAAAAAAAAAUAAAGCAAUUUUAAAGCCAAAUCCUCGAUUUGUUGGAGACAAUUCAGUUUCAUAUAUGCAACCACCAGCUCCUAAUGUAAAUAAUCCAGAUAUUUCAAGCUAUAAUAUGAAUUAUACAUAUGACAACAUGAAUGCACAAAAUUAUGACAAAGAGUUAAGUUCUGUUGGAAACUAUUACCAAAACAAUUAUAUGAUACAGCAGCAAAAUGCUUUAGAUAAUAAUUAUCUUUCCAAUAAUAUGAAUAAUAAUUUUUUUAAUGCUAGAUACUCAAAUAAUAUUCAACAAAAAAAUUUAAAUUUAAAAAUGAAUAUGAAUAUUAAUAAAACUGUUCCUCAGUCCAAUUAUAUGAGUACAAAUAGAUUUAAUAAUAAUAGUUAUUUAUAUCAGAAACAUAAUAUAAUGAAUGUUAAUGUUCCUAAUAUUCCUAGUAAUGAUAAAGUAAACUUACAAAAUUAUUCAAAACAUACUGCUUCAAAUAUUAGGAAUCAACCAAAUUAUUAUAUGAAUACAAAUAAUAAAAAUGAUUUUAUUGGCAAUAAGCAAAAUCAAUAUCAAUAUUAUAUUCCUAAAGCAAAUAAGCAGCAAAUGUUUAUUCAAGCACCGAUAAACUCAGAGAAAAACGUAAAAGCACAACAGCUUCAAUCGACUAAUUUAUCAAAUAAAAACUUUCCAUCUCAUAAAAAUAUAACAUUUAAUAAUGAUCAAAAUAAUAAUACUAAUAUGGAAGCAAAUCCAGAAUUGUCUAAAAUACAACAGAGUACCGUACAAUUAGAAGAGGAAAAGUCACAGAGCAUUUCUAAAGUCAAUGAAACAAGAACUCAGAUAUCCAACACAGAAAAUGCAACUACUAAUCCCAAUGUUAUUAUAAAGAUACAAAAAAAAUGCCUUUUUUUACCAAAUUGUCAAUAUGGAGAAAAAUGCCGUUAUAUUCACCCCAGCGAAAAUUGUCGAAAUUGGCCAUAUUGUGCUUUUGGACCAGAAUGUAUUUAUAUUCAUCCAGAUGUUCCUUGCAAAUUUGGAUUAUAUUGCUGUAACUAUUAUUGUAAUUAUUCUCAUAAUCAUGUCAAUUCAACGGCUUUACCAGAAGUUGGAACAAAUGGAUAUUUUUUAAAUAAAAAAUUAAUUAAUAAUUAUGAUAAAAGUAGUAAUAACACGAAUUUUGAAGAUAAAGUGGCUCAAAUUUCAAUAAGUAUGCCAAAAACACCACCAGAAAUGAGAAAAGAUAAAAGUAAAAAUGAAUAUAAUGAAAAUGAGUAUAUUCAAAAUCUCUUAGAAACAGAAAAAGAUGAAUUAAAAGAGCAAAUAAAUGAGCAAACAAAAAAUAAAGAAAAUGUAAAUGAAUACACAGGAGAACAAAAAGAGGAGAAGGAAUAUGAAGCAGAAGAUGAUUUAGAUAAGGAGGUAGAGGAAAACUACAUAUUUCAGAAUAAUAGUAACCAAAAAAAUUACUCUUGUGAUAAUGAAGGAAAUGAAAUGAAUACAAAUAUAAAAAAUAAUGAAAAUGAAUCAAUUAAUUAUAAUUGCUUCGAGAUAGUAAUAGAUCCUGAUAACAUGAAAGAGAAAAAAUUAACAAAAGAGAAUUUUGAAGAGUCUAUUAAUAAAACGGAUAAUAAUUAUGAAAUAAAUGACAAUGAUAAUGGCAAUAAAGUAUAUACUAUUGAAGAUAGUUCUUAA